UGUGACGUGCAACUUCCUGUCUCUUUUUUUAAGCAGCCUCAGGAUACCGGUAGUGACAUCACAGAGGGAGAAGACAGUUUUGAAGAAAGACCGAUGAUGAUGGCAGAGAUGGGCCUGGAUGUCAAAAGAAGGCGUAUUUUAAAACCAACCGCGGUUCCAACCAUUCUGAAGCAAACACAAGCUGCUGGCAUUGAUGUGGAUCCCCAAGCGAAACGACCAAGAAAGGCGUUUGAGAAACGGGAGAAGUCUCGGGUUGUGGACUCAAUUUUGUCGAAUGAAAGAGAGGAUGAUGGUACUUCAGAAUGGUGUCAGGGUGAAGCCAUGGAAGGUCCUGUGUUGGAACAACCAGCAAAUCUUUCAUCAUCAACAUGCCAGACAGAGCCAGUUCAGAAAAAAAUAAAUACAAAAGAAAGUGUGAAAGUUCAGACAGUCAUGCCAGGAAUGAGAGGGGUGAGAACGGAUCAGCCUCACUCAAAGGAAGUUUCUGAGAUGGAAGCAGCUCACAUCAGCCCAGAGCUUCCUAUUCGAUGGGUUGUUUCUGCAGACAGGACUGUUGAGAUCAAGGAGGAAGUGACUGAGCUGGGGUGUGACCAGGCCAAUGAGCGGAGCCUGCAGGAGGAAACGCCACCUUCUAGCAUCACUGAGAGAGGUACUGAUAUGAAAUUGGUACAUCUUGGUAGAGGACAAGCAUCAAAAAUGGCAUCUUCUCGCAUUAAAGAGGAGACCCCAGAAUUCGAACCUGUCCCCAUUAAAGAGGAGAGUCCUGUACUAGAACCUGUCCACAUUAAGAAAGAAGUCACAGUGCUGGAACCUGUCCAUGUUAAAGAGGAGGCCCCUGGACUGGAACAUGUCCAUGUUAAAGAGGAGGCCCCUGGACUGGAACAUGUCCAUGUUAAAGAGGAGGCCCCUGGACUGGAACAUGUCCAUGUUAAAGAGGAGGCCCCUGGACUGGAACAUGUCCAUGUUAAAGAGGAGGCCCCUGGACUGGAACAUGUCCAUGUUAAAGAGGAAAGUCCUGUGCUGGAAUCAGUCCACAUUAAAGAGGAAAGUCCUGUGCUGGAAUCGGCAGAAAGUGAACACCACCUUUCAACUUCUACUGUAGAUGAAGGAGAACACGACUCCAAUCCAUCACCCCCCUGCAGAAACUCUUCCAGUUGCAAACCACAGCAGAGGAAACACAGGGAGAUGACACCCCAAAAUGUGAACAAAUUGGGAACUUGUUUAGUUAAAAUUCCUUCUUUACAAGACAGACGACCGCUUUCUCUGGAGAGUAUAGAAACUGCAUAUUCUGUGUGUGUGAACAAUUCUGAAACCCAGGGCAACUUGAAGAUCUUGCCUUGUUCCACUGAAGGUGGGACGAGUUCCCGUCAGUUAGGCUCUCCUGAAACUCACAAGGGAAAUCACACAGGAGGGACUCCAUUUCCCUGUGCUAAAUGUGGGAAGAGUUUCAGUGAUUUAUCACACCUUAAAAUGCACCAGUGUGUUCACACAGGAGAGAAACCUUAUCCAUGUACUGAGUGUGGGAAGAGAUUCAGUCAUUUCUCAUCCCUUAAAACCCACCACCGCUUUCACACAGGAGAGAAACUGAACCACUGUAGUGAUUGUGGGAUGGCUUUUAGUAGAUUACAAUGCUUUAUAAGACAUCAGCGAAUUCACACAGGAGAGAAACCAUACCACUGUAAUGUUUGUGGGAGGCGCUUCAAUGAUUUAGGAAAUCUUAGACAACACAUAAAAACUCACACUGCAGAUAAACCACACCACUGUAAUGCAUGUGGGAAGAGCUUCACUCAAUUAGAACAUCUUAAAACACACCAGCGACGUCACAGAGGAGAGAAACCUUAUCAUUGUAAUGAAUGUGGGAAGAGCUUCACUCAAUCAUCAAAUUUUAAAAUACACCAACGAAUUCAUACAGGAGAAAAACCAUAUCACUGUAGUGAUUGUGAGAAGAGGUUCAAUCACUCAUCUCACCUUAAAAAACACCUUACAAUUCACACUAGAGUGAAGCCCUAUCCCUGCACUGAAUGUGGGGAGAAGUUCAGUCAGUUAAUGAGUCUUGAAGAACACAAGAGAAUUCACAGAAUUGAAGCCGUUUGAGGACGCCUAACCCUUAGCGGUCCAUUUAUUCAGCGCGUCGGGUCCAGUUUAUUUUAGACGUGCUGUUUUAAAAGUAUUUUUUCACAAUAAAACAGGUUUAAAAGGCACUGCAUAUCAACAGGACACUUGGUACUGCAUCUCUAGCCCCGCCCCACACCUUGUUCGCUGUAUUUUUCACAUACCUCUUCAUAGUCAUGCAUACUGAUAAAUCAUCUCCUGAUGACUCGUUUUAUCACCAAACUCCUCAAUAAUACGAUCCAAGUUAUUAUUUUAUUACUAUCUCAAAAGGCUCUGCAAAAGUCUGUGAUAUUCUUUGAGCGCUGGAUGCAGAAGCAGCUAUCUUAUUUGUUUAUGUCCGUGUUAUCUCUGUGGUGCCGGGGCUAUGUGUAUUGCUCAGAUCUGCCCCUUAUUUUAUUUUUUUUAUUUUUUUUUCGGCUCCUAUCAGUCUCACUCGGCCAUUGAAUGGUUUUCUCAGCUUUUUCCAAAAAACGGUUAUAGACCUGUGUUUUACAUCUUUUUGAUGAUGUCGGACAGGGUCAGACAUAGGACCACAAAGGGUUAAACACCAGGAGUAAAUCUGAGUAAAAUACAUAAAUAUUUACUGAAAAUUAAAGAAUAAACUUGAUUGAUAAAUAGUGUUACUCUUAAUCACGCCAGAUCAAAAACUUACACUCACGGAUGGAAAAUAUGAACUCUACAUCUUGUUUGGAACAUUCGUCAUCUUGUUAACCAUUUUCAUUUUGUUACGUCACGUUAGUAAUCUGUGAAAAAGAUUGGAAUUGCGUCUGCAAGAUUCCACUUUUGACUCAUGCUUUGCUGAUUCUCUCUGUUUGAACAUUAGGAUUAUUAUAUGUAACUCUCCAACUCUUUCAAGUCAGUGCUAAGCUUUGGUCAGUUAUGUCGUAGCUCAAACAUAGUUUUAUUGUUGACAGGAUCUAUAUAACGCCCCCCCCAAUAAACAGUUUCAUAAUGGAAAUAAAAAAGCUGAUUUUUAUCAGUAAACUGAGAAUGAAUGACUGCAUACCUUGAAAAUGUCCCCUUUUGAAAUUGUAGUUCAAAUAAUGUUUUUUGUUUUAAGCGUUUUAUUUUAGACACAAAGGGACACCAUCUUAAAUUGUAGUGUACAACUCGCUGGACAAAUCAUCCUCAUAUUCUGCUUUACAAAAUAAUUUCAAAGAAUUACUCCAGAAACUGAAAUAUUCCCUUCAUAUGUUAUGUCAUGAAUCUGAAAACACUUCUUGAAAAACCGUGCACAUGAUAUACCCUCCUUUUUAAAUGCAGGAAAGGCUGUGUUGCACUGUAGUUGUUCUGAGGAUGUGUUGCCUGUUCCCUUCAUGCAUUCUCUCUUUUUUUUUUUUUUAAAUUUAGUCGUCAAUUAUUUUACCCUGGUUUUUCACCCCAAUUUAGUUUGCCCAAUUAUUAUCUGUAUUCUCGGCUCACCGCUCGCAACCCCCCCGCCGACUCGGGAAACGGAGGCUGGAACACGCAUCCUCCGGAACGUGCUCCUGCCAAGCCGUCAUUUUUUGCACUGCAGAUCCACAGCAAUGCCACCAGACCUAUAGUGCGGGAGGACAACACAGAUCUGGCGGCUCCGCUGCAGAUCCGCAGGCGCCCUAUCGGCCACAGGGGUCGCUGAUGCGCGGUGAGCCGUGGAUUCCCCUGCCGACCUAAGCUCUCCCUACCCAGGCAGCACUCAGCCAAUUGUGCGCCGCCCCCUAGGAACUCCCGGUCACGGUCGGCUGUGACAUAGCCUGGAUUCGAACCUGCGAUUUCCAGGCUAUAGGGCACAUCCUGCACUCCGCGCGGAGCGCCUUUACUGGAUGCGCCACUCGGGAGCCCCCUUCAUGCAUUCUCAUUAAACUCUUGUUUUUUUUAAUUGUUUUUAUUAGAUUGUAAGUGAACCAUGGAAUAAUAUAAAUUGUAUAUGUAUGUUUCAAAAUACUGAAUAUGUCUCUUAUAACGUUUUCUGUUUUUGAAAAAGGGUGAUUGUGUAAGGCAGGUCAAUUUAUAUAUUACAGAAAUCUAAAAUUUGAUGCAUACAAAUUGUAUUUGAAUGUUUUCUCAAAAUAAAGUAUUGCUUACUAUUUACAGGGUUCAUACAGUUUUUCUGUUACAAAUUUCAAGGACCAUUUUGACAAUACUGAAGGACCUAAUUUAAGGAGUUUGACCAUUUUCAGUGUUGAUAACUAAUAAGC